AUGGGUGAAACUGUGGUGUUUCCUUACAACAACAAUGGCAUAACAAAAGUUCACUAUGAAACCAAUAAUCACGAUAUGAUGAUAGAGCAAAACGAGGAGCAAGAAGGUUCUUGGUUCGAAGAAGAGAUUGAUGUCGAUCUCAAGUGGUCUUUUGCUUUGAACAGAGUGCUGCACAGAGGAGUUAGUGAGUACCAAGACAUAGCUCUUCUGGACACAAAACAUUUUGGCAAGGCCUUGGUGAUUGAUGGGAAGAUGCAGAGUGCAGAAAUUGAUGAAUUUAUAUAUCAUGAGUGUUUGAUUCAUCCACCCCUCUUAUGUCACUCUAACCCAAAAACGGUGUUUAUAAUGGGCGGAGGCGAAGGGUCGACCGCACGAGAAGCGCUGAGGCACAAAUCGAUAGAGAAGGUCGUCAUGUGUGAUAUUGAUAAGGAGGUCGUCGAUUUUUGCAAGAAGCAUCUCACGGCAAAUCAUGAGGCAUUCCGUAACGUGAAGCUUGAUUUAGUCAUUAAUGAUGCCAAAGCUGAAUUGGAGGGUAGGAAAGAAAAAUUUGACAUAAUUGUGGGAGAUUUAGCUGACCCAGUUGAAGGAGGGCCUUGCUAUCAACUCUACACUAAAUCUUUCUAUGAAAAUAUUAUUAAGCCUAAGCUCAAUAAAAAUGGCAUCUUUGUUACUCAGGCUGGACCAGCUGGGAUUUACACUCACAAGGAGGUCUUCUCAUCAAUAUAUAACACUAUAAAGCAGGUCUUCAAGUACGUUCGUGCUUAUACGGCUCACGUGCCAUCGUUUGCGGACACUUGGGGUUGGGUUAUUGCCUCUGAUGAACCACUGUGCAUUGAUGCUGGGAAAAUGGACAAGAAGAUAGCAGACACAAUUGAUGGAGAACUCCUUUACUUGAAUGGCCCUUCAUUUGUGGCCUCAACAAUUUUGAAUAAAACGGUCGCCAAAACAUUGAAGAACGAGACUCAUGUGUACACAGAGGAUAGCGCGAGGUUUAUCUACGGACAAGGUGUCGUGGGUCGGAUUUGA